AGUAAAUGGGACGAGCAGGACACCUGCACACGUCUGUCUGACAGGAUUGACGAGGUGACCAAGUGGAAGGACAGUUUGCUAAAGUGUCUGGAUGACGUGGACACAGAAAUCAAGGCUCUGAGUAUAGUGAAAGAGAGCACAGAAAAGGCUCUGGCAGCGACAUCACUUCCUCUGGAUGUGGCGAUCGAGUGUCUGAUGCUGCGCGAGGGUCGCCGUGGUAACGACCUGGUGAGAGACCCCUGUGGAGGCGGAGCUACACAAAGAGGUGGAGGUGAUUGACAGGGCCCGGAAGGUGCUGCAGCAGAAAGUGAGCCAGGCCAUUGAACAGCUCUGGUGAGGCCUGACCCCUGACCCCUGAGCCUGACCCUAACCCUGAAAUCCAUUCCUCAGGAAUCCCGGGUCGGAAUUGUGAAGCGAGAUCGUGUUACUCACAGUGCAGGCUGUGCUGAUGUGAAGGGAGCGCGUGUUACUCACA